UCUCAUUUGCCCCGAGCACCCCAUUGCUACCCGGGACUUUAUUCACGAUAGGUGUUGGCUCACUUCUGGAUUGUCCGCCGUUGAAUACGGAGGUGCUCCAACUGAACUCAGUGAUCUCGGCGAUAAUAUAUUUUAACGAGGCUAUUGUAAAAAAAACUAAUCUUUCUUCGAGGAAAAAAUCCGACAAGAUGACUUUUUCCUGGACACGAUUUUUUUUCGUGGGGAUUGUCGUUGUUUCCGUUGAGUCGUUAGCUACUGGAUUAUUGGAAGAUGUUGCUAAAGCCGAUCAAAUUAUGCGACCUAAAGCCAAGCGAACGCAAGAAAUAUUGAUGUUUGGAAAUCAGCAAAACCGACGAGUUGACAAUACAGCAGCGUCUACUUCGCACAACACGAAUGUCGAAAAAAGAACUUUGGGAACAUCAGGAUUUGAAGAUGUAAAAGCAGCUUUAUCGGAUGAAGAGGGAUUUAGUGACUACAAGCAACCCUUGAACCCGAUGUAUGAACGUGACAAUUUUUCACCCUACGAAAAAAAUUAUCUGUACGGUAAAGUAAUGAUGAAUGAGGUCAACGAUGAUUUACCAAGAAACUGGGAAAUUCCAGCGUAUCCACGUUACUUUAGCUACAGCGAAGAGCGUCGUAAAAGAUCUGAGAAAGCCGGAAGUAAUAAUAAUAAUUCAAGUCCUUCAUCUACAACCCGCCCAACCCAAUCAACUUCAUCACCAUCAGCGACAACCGUUUCUCCACCACCCGCUACCACCCGGAGUACUCAACGGACCAGUUUAAUUCAAGCAAAACGAAGCCCACCUGCUUACCCAGAACUGAGAUACAAACGAGCUCUCGACCGUGAAGAUCUUUUAGCCUUGCUCUCCCUCUGGGAAAACAGCUCUCGUAACAGAAACUGGAGAAACUACGGCAGUGACGAGUACGAAAACAUAGACGACGACGGUAGUGUUGCGGAACUUGAAGACGAGGAUCCAAGAUCUGGUGCAUGGCUAGAAGGACCCAUUUAUUCUCCACAUCACUUUAAUCUUAAUUCAGAUGUUGUGCCGUCAGAAAUUGGAAUCCCGAGAACACAUCCAGUUAAUCCUUAUGAGCAGUAUAACACUCAGUAUGUACCUCCUUAUGAGAAUGCACAAUAUGGUUCAGCUCAAUACGGUUCACUUUAUCCUCAGCACACUUACUACCCAUCGGAAAAGAGGUUUAUAGUUUCACGGAAACGUUCUCAGGGAUACGAUUCUUACGCCGGUCGAAAUCUCAAUGACAUUGUGAGCUUUUCGCAGAUGAUGAAUUCACAACCCCAAGGAUACCUCUAUCCACAACGCAUUCUAUAUUAAUUUGAUCAAUCGCUUCUCUAAAAUUAUAUUUAAAACGAGAGACAAGAAAUAAUGAUCACGAGUUAUGAUUCAUUUGAAUAAGUCUAGAUAUCUUCAGAUUAACGUUAAUAAAAGUUACCAAUUGAAUAAUUAUAUGGAAAAGAAAAAAUAUAUUUUUAUUUUAUUCUUAAAUUUCUGUAUAAAUGUUAUUUAAAAUAUUUAAACGUGAGUCUGAAGAUAUCUUAAACUAAGAUUGAAAAUUACGUUUUUUUAAAAAAAAAUAUUUAUAUGGUGUGUCUUAAAUUCAUAAAGUGAUUUUUGGAAGACUAAGGAUCAAAGAAUACAUUAAUGUUACUUAUUAAUUAUUAUAUAAAACAAUAUACAAAUUAUUAUAUAUAUAUAUAUAUAUAUUAUAUGGAGUAAAUGAUACGACUGAUUUUAAAUUUAAGUAUACGUUUUACCAAAGAAUUUUGCAUUUAUUAUUAUAAACAUAAGUUAUCUUUUAAUUUGUAUUAUUUUAGUUUGAUAAAAUGUUCACACGAUACAGAUUACGAUUUUCAUUAUAUCUAAUCUAUUGAUAGUUUUAAUUUACCAGAUGAAUUAAUAAUGAUGUCUAAGCAAAUUUAUAUAACAAGAUCAAUUAGGGAUUAUAUAAUAGUUAUAAACUAACUGUCGAGUCAUAUGGAUAAUUUAUGCUCCUCUGUAACUAUAAAUAAUUUUACGAGCUAACUACGAUAAUUAUAGAUUUAUUUAGAUCAAAGGAACCCUUAUGAGAGGGCAAAAGCUAUUAAUCAGGACAGUUUAACUUUUACUAUAACUCAACUGUAAUUAACUUCCUUUCAGUUUAUGUUAUGCGUAUUCUGUAUUUGUGUUGUUUGCUUAUUUAAUUAUAGUAUCCAAUGCAGUAAAAUUUGAAUUAUAGUUAGCUUCAACGCUAAUAUGAAUCUACAGUAAUUUAUUUAAAUGAAAUAUAAAAUUAAUAAUACAAAUACAGAAAUUAAUAAUUGCCGAGAGCGUUUCUUAAUAAAUAAAUAAAUAAAAAAAAAUCAGCACAAUGUUAAGCUCAAGCGUUAAUUCUGAGUAAAAAAAAUUAUCAAAUAAAUUAUUCAUUAAAUAUUAUAAAUCUUAAAACAAAAAAAAAUAUAUCGUAAUACCUGUGUCGUGUGAUUAUAAAAAAUUGUGUUUAUUUUAACAUUUGAUUAUUUAUUGCUACAUCAUCUGUAUGUAUACGUCUGUGAACUUAAAUAAGAAUACAAUGCAACUAAAUUGAUAGUCCAUGAAAAUAAGAAACUGAAUAUAAAAGUAGAAAACUUUUGUAUUGAUUUUUGUCAUAAAAAAAAAUAUAUAAUAAAGAACAAACAGUAAAUUGAAAUUAUUUUGCAUUGUAUUCAUUCGAAUAUUAAACCUUGUUAAUAAAUUAGUUAUCGCAAUAUAAUAACACAAAAAUAUGCAGCUAGAAUCUAGAAUACAUGAUAAAUUAUUAUUUGUCCGCCGUGCAUGCCGAAUGUGGUAAUUAAAACAAAUGUUUAUUAAUAUUUAACAAUUAUAAAAAAAAAACUUAUAUAUACACAUAUAUAUAUAUUAUCAGUGUGCUAUAAAUUAAAUGUGAAAUCUCAUAUCUUUUUUAAUGAAAUUAUUUCCUUCAUAUUAAAAUAUCUAAAAUAGAUACUCGAGAAUAACUCCUCGUGAUGCUGAAUAUAAAAAGUGAUUUUUUCGAUACUUCUAUUUAUUUAUUUAUAAAUAAUGAAUAAAAAACUAAAAAAAAAGAAAAAAAAUGUGAAAACUGAAUAAAAUAGAAUUUAAAAAUUCAGAGAAGAAUAUUGGAUACUAGCCUAGGACGAUUGAUCAAUAAGUUGCUCAAGGGAGGUCAGAAUAUCUUGAUAUGGAACGCGAAUUUUUUGAAGUUAAUUAUAAAUGGAACAGAUAAAAAUCCUGUUUUCGCAGAAACUUGUUACUAACGUAACUUUUAAGCUUCACUGUAGCUAUCAGAACAAAGCAUUUGUUAAUACAGAAUAAUUGUAAUCUAUUGGGUUUAUACUUGCCAAAUGUAACAUUGUUUAUUAAUCAAGUACAAGCUCAGAGAAGAUCCUUUUAAAUAAUCGCAGGGCACGGAGGUGGAGUAAGACCUGCCGUGCCGAAUCGUGAGAUGACUGAUUAAAUAAAAAUUUUUUUGAUAGUCCUAAAUAUGAUACCGAGAUAAAAUAUCGGUACGACUAAUAGUAUUUUUUUAAUAGUCAUAAAUCUACUGAAUAAUUGAUACAAAAAAUAAACAAAUUAAAAGCUGUAUAUUUAUUUAUCUAAUGAAUACAUAUUUAUUUUUUUAAGUGAAUGGAAAUAAAGUAAAGUCUUGUUACUCAUAACUUAGAAAUUAAAUGCAUAUAGAAAAUCCAUGUAUAUACAUAUAGAUAUAUAUUUAUUAUUAUAAUUAUUUACCUUCAUGAUCUGUAAUAAUAAUAAAUAGACGUCAUUGGCGUCAAUUCAGUUUUUAAUAAACAGUUUCUAGUCCAAGUACAUGUUAAAAUUAUAACUUACAUAUCAGCUUUGUUUUCUAUUAAAUCCACAGUAAUAACAAAUCGUUAAUGCUUUAUUCAUUAUUUAGUUAUUUAUUCUUCUGAAUAGACGGUGAGGAUGCUGAAUGUAUUGUGUAGUAGCACUUGAAAAGUGUUUGCGGUUUAACCGUCUACAUUUUACAAUUUUAAAUCUAAUUGUAUUGCUUGUCAAUAAUCUUUUUACCUGAUCAGUGUUUUAAAAUCAUUUUUUAAUUCAACAUUUGAUUUGUUUAUUUACUUUUUAUCAUCUUCUAUAAUUAUUGUCAACGUACAACUUAUAAAAAAUUUAGUUUAGAAUAAAAAAAAAGAGUAUUCAAUAAGUUAAAAAAAUCGUCUAUUAUAUUCUACAAUUUUGUGAAAACUACACAAAGUUAAUUAUCUUAAAAUUGACAUUAUUGGUUUACCGAAUCAUGUUUAACUACUGUAAAUUAUUAUAAUUAUUAUUAAAACGACAAAAAUAAACAAUAUUGCUUAUGCACUUAUUGUUGGUCCUAAUAAAAUCUAACUCUUGUCCCAUAAAAUAAAUUCUACAACUUUUUA